AUGUUUCUCAAGGAUGAGCUCAACACCAUGAAAGCUCUCCUUGACAAGCUAGAGCUUGUUGAUAAGCUUGAUCCUUUGGCUAAGGACUGGCGGGACCAUGUCAGGGAGAUGUCCUAUGACAUGGAGAAUUGCGUCGACGACUUCAUGCAUGAUCUUGAAGGCGCUGAUGGCAAGAAAGGCUUUGUCAGGAAGAUGACCCAGCGUCUUAGGAGGCUGGGGAGGCGUCAUCAGAUUGCCAACCAGAUCGAGGAGCUCAAGAUUCGUGCAGUCGAGGAAAAUGCUCGACGCCAGAGGUACAAGAUUGAUGAUUGCAUACAUUCAAGUUCAACUGUUGUUGCUGUAGAUCCCCGGGUGUCAGCAAUCUAUGAGGAGGCAGCAAACCUCGUAGGCAUUGAUGGCCCAAGAGAAGAACUUAUCAGCUGGUUGACUAAUAGCAAGAGAAAGCUUAAAGUGGUGUCCAUUGUGGGCUUUGGUGGCUUGGGUAAAACUACACUUGCCAAACAAGUGUAUGAAAAGAUUGGAGGGCAAUUUGACUGCAAGGCAUUUAUUUCAGUCUCACAAAGACCUGACAUGGCAAGUCUUCUCAAUGGUCUAGGAUUGAACCUUGGACUGAAGGACUUUCGUGCUCACGAGGUGUCAUACAUCAUAGACCGUCUCAGAGAACAUCUAACAGAUCAGAGGUACCUUAUCGUAGUUGAUGACUUGUGGGAUCAAACUGCAUGGAAUAUUCUUCGAUGUGUCUUUCCAGAAGGUGAUAAUGGGAGUACAGUAAUUGUAACCACAAGAGUGGAUGAUGUCGCUUGCAGGGCAUCUCACGAUCACCAUGGACACAUUUAUAGAAUGAAGCCUCUCAACAGUGAAGACUCAAAAAGGUUAUUCUUUGGUAGAGUGUUCAGAUCGGAAGAUAUUUGUGCACCCCAAUAUGAAGAAGUUUCAACCCAAAUUUUGAAGAACUGUGGUGGAUUGCCACUUGCAAUUAUAACUAUAGCUAGCUUAUUGGCUAGUCGUCAAGCAAAAUCAAGGAGUGAUUGGGAGAGCAUAAUGAAUUCUCUGGGCACCAAUUUUGCUGCAGAUCCUACCCUUGAAGGGAUGAAGAAUAUAUUAAACCUUAGCUACAUGCAUCUACCUCCUCGUCUCCAGGCAUGUUUCCUCUAUCUUGGUUUGUAUCCAGAGGACCGUGAGAUUGAGAGGGAUGAUUUGGCUCGACAGUGGGUAGCCGAAGGCUUUGUCAUUAGUGUUCCUGAGCUAGAUUUGGAAGACAUUGCUAAGAGUUCUUUCAAUGAGCUUAUCAAUAGAAGUAUGAUUCAGCCUGCCCGAACCAUAUAUGGGGAGGUGUUCUCUUGCAGAGUACAUGACAUGAUCCUGGAUUUGAUCUUGAGCAAGUGCGCAGAAGAAAAUUUUAUGCAUACAGCACACAGUUAUGGAGAAAUGGAAAAAAUGCAUAGUUGCAAGUACAAAGUCCGUCGAUUAUCUCUGAACUUGAGCGCAGCUGGGGCAACACCAGGGUCGACUCUUGCUACUAGUCUGUCACAAGUCCGAUCAUUUGCACAGUUUGGAGAGUCCAUAUAUGCACCUCCUGUUGAGUAUUUUAAGCAUAUCCAGGUGCUGGUAUGUGAGGUGCCAGGUGAAUGGACAAGCAAGCUAGGUGCAAUCUGCCACUUGUUUCAGCUGAGAUAUUUGAAGGUUUCAGCACACAGCGUAGAGCUUCCAGCAGAGAUUCGAGGGCUUGUGCACCUGAAGACACUGGAGAUGAACUGCAGAUAUGAAUCAAAAAUCAGUUCAGAUAUAGUCCACCUGCCCGAUUUGUUCCAUCUGCUCCUUCCACACUGCACAGGGCUGCCUCAAGGGAUCCGGAACAUGACAUCAAUCCGCACCCUACGUUGUUCAAACAUGGGGAAGAGCUCGGUGGAGGAUAUUACAGGUCUGGGCGAGCUGACCAAUCUAAGGGAUCUAAGCCUAUCCAAGAGUUACGGGGAGUCUUUGACGGCGGAGGGGGUUGAUGCUCUGGUCUCCUCAAUUGGGAAGCUCCGAGACCUUAGGCAACUCUACCUCGGUUGCCGUCGUAAACGCUAUAACGACCAGCUGGACUCGUUGCCUGAUCCUCCUCCCCGUCUCGAGGUGCUCAAUCUGGACGACUGGCUGUUCUAUGUAGUUCCCAAAUGGCUCGGUGGUCUCCGUUAUCUCAGGUUGCUCUCUCUGACCGUUGUUGACUUGUCGACUGACGAGCUGCGUAUUCUUGGAGAGCUGCCCUCUCUUGUUCAUGCCUACCUCACCGUCUUACGUAUCCCCGAAGACAAGAUCGUGGUCGGCUCAGGGUCAUUCCCGGUUCUGGAGGACAUUUCCCUUAUUUCUGAUGAAGAUGUCGGAGCUUACCUGAGAUUCGAGGCAGGGGCUAUGCCCAGUCUACGAACACUCCGUUUCAAAUUCGGAGUGCAGGACUGGAGCGGCUGUACACCGGACGGCAUGGAGCACCUUCUAGGCCUGGAGCAAGUCAACGUAGAUCUCAAGUGCACGGCCGUCACGGAAGAUGGACAAUGGAAACAAGUGGCACCCGGUGUCUCCUCCGCAUACAGUAAGGCACUGGAGGUGCACCCGAGGCGUCCUACCUUUGCGCUCGUGUAG